AUGAAGUCUCUCAUUGCUUGUGUCAUCAUUCUCUUCGGAGUGAGUCAGAUAUAUGGAUUAGACCCUGUGCAACAAUUGCCUGAGGUGAAUGGCGAUAAGUUCUUCUAUUUUGGUUUUGGCAGCAACAUGUUGGCCAAGCGAAUUCACAUACAGAAUCCGACAGCUGAGAUUAUCGGUCCUGCACUCUUAGAGGAUUAUCGCGUCGACUUCAGCUUGGUCAGUGAGUUCUGGAAAGGAGCAGUGGCCACCAUAGUUCCAUCACCUGGUUCUAAGACUUGGGGCACCUUAUGGGUGAUAGAUCUUACCAACUUAGCGGACUUAGAUAACCAAGAACGUGUUCAUCUUGGCUGGUAUAAACCUGUCAGCGUGCAAGUGAAGCUGCAAAACAAUGUCACAGAGAUCCCAGCACGUCUUUAUGUAAUAACGAAUGAACCCAAAGGCAAUGUUCACGAUUUGCCACCAAGUGAAGUUCCUGAGGAUCGACAACCUUCGAAGACUUACCUCCAAGUGCUUGUGAAAGGUGCUAUUGAUAGCGGUCUUCCUGAGGAAUAUGUUACUUGGCUAAAAGGAUUUAAACACAAUAAUCAAACUGUGCAACAUUUGGAAGAGCUUCUUGAGCUGCAAUCGGUGGCAUUGUAAAAUUGAAAAUGAGGAACUGUAGUACAAAUACUUUUGUGAAAAUAGUUCGCAAUCCAAUUU